GAGAUGGAUGACUACAUGGAGACACUCAAGGAUGAGGAGGAUGCCUUGUGGGAGAACGUCGAGUGUAACCGGCACAUGCUGAGUCGCUACAUCAACCCUGCCAAGCUCACCCCCUACCUGCGCCAGUGCAAGGUCAUCGAUGAGCAAGAUGAAGAUGAAGUGCUCAGUGCACCCAUGCUGCCGUCUAAGAUCAACCGGGCAGGUCGGCUGUUGGACAUUCUCCAUACCAAGGGCCAGAGGGGCUAUGUGGUCUUCUUGGAGAGUCUGGAGUUUUACUAUCCAGAACUAUACAAACUGGUGACUGGGAAGGAGCCCACCCGGAGAUUCUCCACCAUUGUGGUGGAGGAGGGCCACGAGGGCCUCACGCACUUCCUAAUGAACGAGGUCAUCAAGCUGCAGCAGCAGAUGAAGGCCAAGGACCUGCAACGCUGCGAGUUACUGGCCAAGUCCAGGCAGCUGGAGGACGAGAAGAAGCAGCUGACCCUCACGCGGGUGGAGCUGCUGACCUUCCAGGAGCGGUACUACAAGAUGAAGGAGGAGCGCGACGGUUACAAUGACGAGCUGGCCAAGGUCAAGGACGACAACUACAACUUGGCCAUGCGCUAUGCCCAGCUCAGCGAGGAGAAGAACAUGGCAGUAAUGAGGAGCAGGGACCUCCAGCUCGAGAUUGACCAGCUGAAGCACAGACUGAACAAGAUGGAGGAGGAAUGCAAGCUGGAGAGGAACCAGUCUCUGAAGCUCAAGAACGACAUCGAGAACCGGCCCAAGAGGGAGCAGGUGCUGGAGCUGGAACGCGAGAACGAGAUCCUAAAGACCAAAGUCCAGGAGCUACAGUCUGUCAUCCAGGCCGGGAAGCGCAGCCUGCCCGACUCUGACAAGGCCAUCUUGGACAUCCUGGAACAUGACCGGAAGGAGGCCCUAGAGGACCGACAGGAACUGGUUAACAAGAUCUACAACCUGCAGGAGGAGGCCCGCCAGGCCGAGGAGCUGCGAGACAAGUACCUCGAGGGGAAGGAAGACCUGGAGCUGAAGUGCUCGACGCUGGGGAAGGACUGUGAGAUGUACCGGCACCGCAUGAGCACUGUCAUGCUGCAGCUGGAGGAGGUGGAGCGGGAACGCGACCAGGCCUUCCAUUCCCGGGAUGAGGCCCAGACCCAGUACUCCCAGUGCCUCAUAGAGAAGGACAAGUACCGGAAACAGAUCCGGGAGCUGGAGGAGAAGAAUGAUGAGAUGCGCAUCGAGAUGGUGCGGCGGGAGGCUUGUAUCGUCACCUUGGAGAGCAAGCUGCGGCGCCUGGCCAAGGACAGCAGCCUUGACCAGAGCCUGCCCCGGAACCUGCCAGUGACCAUCAUCUCCCAGAGUUUUGGGGACACCGGCCCCAGGGCCAAUGGUCAGGAGGCUGACGAUUCCUCCACUUCAGAGGAUUCGCCCGAGGACAGCAAGUACUUCCUGCCCUACCACCCACCCAAGCGCAGGAUGAACCUGAAGGGCAUCCAGCUGCAUAGAGCCAAGUCCCCCAUCAGCCUGAAGCGCCCAUCGGAUCUUCAAGCAGGCCGGGAAGAGGAUGACCUGGAUGCCAGCCCCAGCUCUUCUAACUCUCUGCCCCCCAGCAGCACCUUCGUCAAGAUGCCACCCCACCGGAAUCGGAACAGCAUCAUGUCAAUUACCGCAGAGCCACCAGGGAACGACUCCAUUGUCCGGCGCUACAAGGAAGACGCCCCUCAUCGCAGUACGGUUGAAGAAGACAACGAUAGUGGAGGAUUUGAUGCUCUGGACCUAGAUGAUGACAGUCACGAACGCUACUCCUUCGGGCCCCCCUCCAUCCACUCCUCCUCCUCCUCCCACCAGUCCGAGAGCCUGGAUGCAUAUGACCUGGAGCAGGUUAACCUCAUGUUCCGGAAGUUCUCCCUGGAGAGGCCCUUCCGACCGUCGGUCACAUCCGGGGGCCACGUGCGGGGUCCGGGGCCAGCGGUGCAGCACGCCACACUGAGCGGGGAUGGUCUCAGCACACAGCUUACUCUGCUGGGCGGCAACGCACGGGGCAGCUUCGUCCAUGUGGUCAAGCCAGGCUCCCUGGCAGAGAAGGCUGGCCUACGCGAGGGCCACCAGCUGCUGCUGCUGGAAGGCUGCAUCCGAGGCGAGCGGCAGAGUGUGCCCCUGGACUCUUGCACCAAGGAGGAGGCCCACUGGACCAUCCAGCGUUGCAGUGGCCCUGUCACCCUGCACUACAAGGUCAAUCACGAAGGGUACCAGAAGCUAUUAAAGGACAUGGAAGAGGGUCUCAUCACAUCGGGGGACUCCUUCUACAUCCGGCUGAACCUGAACAUCUCUGGCCAGCUGGAUGCCUGUUCCAUGUCCCUCAAGUGUGAUGACAUCGUGCAUGUGCAUGACACCAUGUACCAGGACAGACACGAGUGGUUAUGUGCGCGUGUCGACCUUUUCACAAACCACGAACUCGACAUGGGCACCAUACCGAGCUACAGCCGAGCCCAGCAACUCCUCCUGGUCAAGAUGCAGCGGCUGAUGCACAAGGGUGGCCGAGAAGAAGCAGAUGGCACCCAUCACACUCUGAGGGCCCCGCGGAACACCCUACAACCUGAGGAGCCUCUCUCCAGCAGUGACCCCCGCGUCAGCCCCCGGCUCUCAAGAGCAAGCUUCCUCUUUGGUCAGCUCCUCCAGUUUGUCAGCAGGUCCGAGAACAAAUACAAGCGCAUGAACAGCAACGAGCGGGUUCGCAUCAUUUCGGGGAGUCAACCGGGGAGCCUGGGCCGGUCAUCGCUGGAUAUCACCAAGCUGCUAAUUGAGAAGCAAGAAGAGCCGGAGUCCGAGGGCGAGCUGAGUAGGAACCUCAACCUGGUCCCCUACAGCCUGGUGCGCUCUUUCCCCUGCCCGCGCCGGCGGCCGGUGCUCUUCUCACCCUCCCUGCUGGCCAAGACGCUGGUGCAGAAGCUGCUCAACUCAGGGGGUGCCUUGGAGUUCACCAUGUGCAAGCCAGAUGUUGUCACGAGAGAGGAGUUCCUCAGGAAACAGAAGACUGAAACCAUCAUCUUCUCCCGGGAGAAGAACCCAAACACCUUCGAGUGCAUCGUGCCCACCAACAUUGAGGCCGUGGCUGCCAAGAACAAGCACUGUCUGCUGGAGGCUGGGAUUGACUGCACUAGGGACCUCAUCAGAUCCAACAUCUACCCCAUCGUGCUCUUCAUCCGCGUGUCUGAGAAGAACAUCAAGCGGUUCAGGAAGCUCCUGCCGCGGCCCGAGACCGAGGAGGACUUGCUGCGUCUGUGCCGUCUGAAGGAGAAGGAGCUAGAGGCACUGCCCUGCCUGUACGCCACAGUGGAGGCCGACAUGUGGGGCGGUGUGGAGGAAUUGCUGCGUGUCAUCAAGGACAAGAUCGGCGAGGAGCAGCGCAAAACCUUCUGGGCGGACGAGGACCGGCUAUGA